CUACCGAUGUUAUCAGUCACGCCCCCUGAAUUUAAUCCGACAUCGAAAUUUACGGCAGAACGUCUAGCCAAAAUGGGGAUAAAUGCAGAUGGCUUUCUCUGGCCCGAAGAAGAGAAGCUAUUUGUACACAUUUUGCAAUUGAAUGAGAAGGCAUUAGCAUUCCAAGACACGGAUUGCGGAACAUUUAGGGAGGAUUAUUUCUCACCAUACAUAAUCCCUUACGUUCCUCACGUACCAUGGUCUUAUCCGAAUAUUCCAAUUCCACCGGGAAUCAAGAAUGACGUUAUUAAGGUUUUAAAAGACAAGAUCGCCGCUGGCGUAUAUGAGCCAAGCCAA